CUGUUGCCUUCACAUGACCUUCUCUCACGUCCCGCUUGUAUACCAUACCGUGGAGCUUGCAUUCUACUGCAUCCCCUCUUUGCUCGGCGAUCGAGCAGCGAACAAAACUCCCGCGCGGCCAGCAGGUCGAUCGGUCAGCUGCGGCGGCGCCAAUGGACAGUUGCGACGGUGAGGUGGCGUGGCGCUUCGGCGCCGCGAAGCCGGAGCUAGCGGCGGCCGACGGCGAGAUAAGGAUGCGCGCGCUGGUCAGCCGGAUCUACGGCUGCGUCGACGCGAGCGACCCGAGGCCGGUCGUGCCGCUCGCCAGCGGCGACCCGACGCCGUUCGCGUGCUUCCGCACGGCGCCCGCGGCUGAGGAGGCCGUCACCGCCGCCGUGGCCUCCGGCAAGCACAACGGGUACCCCUCCGCCACCGGCGUCACCGAGGCGUGCAGUGCAGUGGCUACCUACCUGUCCCGGUACCUCCCCUACGAGCUCUCCACAGGUGACGUUGUCCUCACCGCUGGCUGCAACCACGGCAUCGAGAUCAUGAUGGCCGUCCUUGCCACGCCAGGCGCUAAUGUGCUGCUGCCGCGGCCAGGGUACCCAUUGUAUGAAGCACGCGCCGCGUUGAGCGGACUCAAGUUCCUGCACUAUGAUCUUCUCCCAGAGAAGGGAUGGGAAGUUGACAUUCAAGGUGUAAAGGCCCUUGCGAAUGAGAACACCGUCGCCAUGGUUAUCGUCAACCCCAAUAACCCUUCUGGAGCCGUGUACUCCUCUCAUCACUUGGCCAAGAUUGCAGAGACUGCGCGAGAGCUCGGGAUAAUGGUAAUCAGUGAUGAAGUUUAUGAACAUUUUGUUUUUGGAAACAAGCCAUUUGUGCCGAUGGGCGUGUUUGGAGAGAUUGCUCCUGUGGUGACGCUGGGAGGCAUAUCCAAACGGUGGAUGGUGCCUGGUUGGAAGCUGGGCUGGAUUGCAAUGACCGACCCAAAGGGAAUCCUCAGAAAAAAGAAGAUUUUUGCUUCGAUCAUAGUCUAUCGUGGUAUCUCAGUAGACCCUGCAGCAAUUGUUCAGGGAGCUAUACCCCAAAUCAUUGCAAACACGGACGAAACAUUCUUCACAAAUGCAAUGAACGUGAUGAGAGAGACAGCGGAGAUAUGCUACCAGAAACUGAAAGGAAUCAAGGGCGUCACUUGUCCUCACAAACCAGAGGGAUCUAUGUUUGUUAUGGUAAAGUUGGACAUGUCAUGUUUUUGUGGCAUAGACGACGAUAUUGAGUUCUGCUGCAAGUUGGCUAAAGAGGAGUCCGUGGUGAUAAGCCCAGGGAGCGGCCUGGAAAUGAAGAAUUGGCUCCGAAUAAGCAUCGCAGUGGAUCCUCCACUGCUGGAGGAUGGCCUGGAGAGAGUGAAGUCUUUCUGCCUUAGGCAUGUCAAACCCAUCAUCAUGAACCAGGCCAGCUGAUUUUUAGGAGCACAUAGAUGAUAUUCAGUAUUUGGAGUUCUUGUCUUAGAAAUAAGUAAUCAAGCUAUUUUGCUCAGUUAUUUUUGCGAACACUGUUGGAUUAUGCAUUUAAAACUACUGGAUUUUAAUUUGAGGCAAAAUACAUAAACUAAUGCUACUGCUAUGCAUUUCAGAUGUAACAGCAGAUAGACUAUAAAGAACUGAAGUAAACCAAUGUAUAAAAUCAUCACACUUACAGAUCA